ACUUUCAGCCUUAUCAACAGUAUUGUAUCUCUUUUAGGUGAAUAUCGACGGUGUAUACUACCCGGCAACGGCUGAGCGGAUUUCCGAGGACGAAAAAUCCUUGGAGACGUCAUACCCGGGGGAUUGGCGUCCACGAGAGUCAGUGAGCUUCUCAAACUGUCGUGUUCUUCAAGCAAUUGCUUCACAUCCUAUUCACAAAGGAGACGUCAUUGAGGCGUUAUUUCAACAGCAAAAUGGCCAAACAGGAUGGCAGAAAGCCUCUGUUCGUGAAAUUAAGGCGGAUUUCAUCGUUGUUGAUUCCGUCGAAGGUCCGCAACAUACCGACGUUGUGGCUGCUAAUAAAUGCCGUUCCAAUGGUGCACAGUAUUUGCGAAUAACCCCUACUGACUUGAGAGUUGGCACAAUUAUAGGUCAACGGCUGAAUGCUUGUGUUGAGUAG